UACUGAGUGCCCAUCCCACUCUCAAAGGAGCUGCACACACACUCUGGCAAACGCACUUACCACACUGGCAGUCAGAGCACACACAGCUCCAUCCACCGUUUAUAAGAAGAGAGCCACUUCCAGUUAAAGGACAUAAAGCCCAGCUCCGAGCACCAGUAUGGAUGCGCUGAAGAAGGGAUUCUCCAUGGCUAAGGAGGGAGUGGUGGCCGCCGCAGAGAAAACCAAGGCCGGGGUGGAGGAGGCAGCUGCCAAAACCAAAGAGGGGGUCAUGUAUGUAGGCGCAAAGACAAAGGAAGGCGUUGUGACAAGUGUAAACACAGUUGCCCAGAAGACAACUGAGCAGGCGAAUCUUGUGAGUGAGUCCGCCGUGACUGGAGCCAAUCAGGUGUCAGAAAAGACAGUGGAGGGGCUAGAGAGUGUGGUUGCAUCCACUGGCCUUGUCAAACCGGGGGAGCCGACGAAGCAGGAAGGAGCUGCACAGCAGCCUACAGACGAAGGACAGUAGAGUAAUUCGCACUGAACACCCCUGUGAUGCUCUGCAUCUUGCUUAAGAAGAGAGAGUUCAUUAGCUGCUGCGGGCCAUGGCUGAAUAUUAUCAUACUAAACCUCUGUAGGAUGCUAAUUAAUAUCCAACUUCACAAAAAAAUCAAGACACCCACCUCUCUCUUAUGCUUUGUCCCCACAAACAACCUCUACUUACCUCAAUUUACCACUUUUCUUCACUUAAACCUAUCCUAUUCACAAGAAAAAGCUAAUGUAACAACACUAUCAUUUAGCUAUGCAAUAUUCUCAUAUACUGAACAGUGUGUGUCACAUAUUACAUGCAUGUGCUUGUGAUUUGGACAUUUUUAUAUAGGCAAAGUCUGUCUUUCUUACCUGCCCUUAAACCAGUUUUCCUCCACCCAACACAAUGAGGUCAGCUGGAUGGUUUCUCACACAAUCAGGGUGAGAAAAGAUUCAAAACAUUCCAGUUCAAAUUCACUCUCAGUGUAGUAUCUGAGACUGUAUUUCAAACAAGGAGCAGAAAAGACAAAAUCACAGACAGCCAAAUCCAAAGAAGAGGGCUGGGGAAAUCAGUUUCAGUAUUAUCUUAAAGUGUGGUUAUAGAGUGAUAGCAGCCAUAUUAACAACUCACAAAAUCUGCAAAUGUUAUCAGAGCAGUUGCUAGGUUACAUGAUUUGUUUGUGGAAGCCAUGCAUGCUGACUCACGACUAUUCAUUUACUUGACUCACUGUUCCCCAUGAAGUCUGAAAACAGCUGAUUUUUUUGAAUAUUCCAUCUGUAAUAAAUUCAGUUUUGUGAAAAAUA